AUGAACCAAAUCAAGCUCUAUGGCAAGCCGAUCCGGGUCAACAAGGCCUCUUCGGAUCGGAAACAGGUCGAUAUUGACGCGAAUCUUUUUAUUGGUAAUCUCGACCCCAACGUCGAUGAACGAAUGUUAUAUGAUACCUUUAGUACAUUUGGAACCCUAGUCCAGACGGCCAAAGUGAAUCCGUUUUUCUAUUUGAAUCGCACGGAAUCCGACGACCGGCCAGUCGAACGGUACGGCUUUGUAGCCUACGAGUCAUUUGAGGCAGCGGGCACGGCGAUCGAGUCGAUGAACGGCCAGUUUCUGAUGAACAGGGCUAUCGCCGUCCAGUAUGCUUUCAAGAAGGACGGCAAGGGUGAGCGACACGGGACGCCUGCAGAACGACUACUUGCAGCACAGGCACGGAAGAACAAUGCUUUGCCGAGUGCCACCGGGGCUAACCUGCCGGCACCCCCACCUAGCGCACCCAAUCCGAUGUACCACGGAGGUGGGGGGCAAGGUGGAGGACACCAUAACCCAGCAAUGAGCUACCAUAAGCCACCGGGGCCAACCCACCAUGGCGCAUGCCCAGGUCCACCCCAUCGACAGUCCCAAUGGGCUACCGACCUGCACCACCAACCUCUUUCCAAUAACCCACUUCGAGGAACUUCCCCCCUCCUCCCGCCGGUUUCGCGCCCAAUAACAACGGCCACUGACCCUUCCCGCCCGCUCAAAUUCCCCCUCCUCCCGCGAACUUCGCACCUGGAGCCCCUGCACCGCAUUCUUUCCCUCAUCCUCCUUCUCAAACUCAACCAUCUGUGGGAAUUCCUCAAGCCAAUCAGUCUAUCCCUCCCCCUCCUCCCGGUCUCGCCCCUCGAUAACCCUAUUUUUUGUUUUCAAUUCAUCCCGAUGAUUAGCAACAAAACGACAAAAUAA